GCAUGGCCAAAGAGGCGGGCGGGGCUAGGCAGGCGCGUGCGGGGGCUGGGAGGAGGGGCCCGCGCUGUGGCGUCGGGUGUUUUGGUUUGGCUUUUUUUUUUUUUUUUUUUUCCGCAAAAGAAGUUUGCUUUGGCCCCGCCUCAAGGCGGCUGCCUCCUCCUGCCCCUCCGCGCACACCUCUUGGUGCAGAUUGCAAAGCGCCUUCCGGCAAGAACUGCAGAUUUUGCAAGAGCCAGGCUCGCCCACCUUGUAGGAGUGCCUGUGUCCCCUCGCUCCCUCGGUUGCAAAGAGCCAGCUGCCUGAUUUGGUCACCCCCUCGCUCAUACUGCAGGGUCUCCGGGGACCCUCUUGAGUUGCACAUUUCUAUACAGACGACCGCGAAUCCCCGUUGCUCCUAGGAUUUGCAGUGUUCUGGACACUGGAGGCUUGCAAGCUACACUCGCCUGCCCCUGGGCAGACACUCGCCCGAACGACGGGAGUGUGCCGCUGACUGGCAGGCCAGCUCUUCGCCUCUCCAUGAGCCCGUGAGCCUGGGGGCAGGUGCCCAGUGAUGGCGCGGCCCUCGAGCGACAGGACACCGGCCCCCCUGCUGCUGGGCGGCCCGGCCGGGGCCCCUCCUGGAGGGGGAGCGCUGCUUGGGCUGCGGAGCCUUCUGCAGGGGACCAACAAGCCCAAAGAGCCGGCCAGCUGUAUCUUGAAGGAAAAGGAGCGCAAGGCGGCUCCGGCGGCAACCACUGUCCCUGGGCCGGGCCUGGAGUCAGCGGGCCCAGCGGAGGCCCCAGCUGGGGCGGUAGUGGGCGGCGGGUCCCCGCGGGGGCGCCCAGGGGCCGUGCCCGGUCCGGGUCUGUUGGCGCCGCUGCUGUGGGAGCGGACGCUGCCGUUUGGCGACCUGGAGUACGUGGACCUGGACGCCUUCCUGCUGGAGCACGGGCUCCCGCCUAGUCCACCGCCUCCCGGGGGCCCGUCUCCGGCGCCCUCGCCCGCGCGCACACCGGUGCCCUCGCCGGGACCCGGCUCAUGCGGCUCGGCCUCCCCCCGCUCCUCGCCUGGGCACGCCCCCGCCCGGGUUGCUCUCGGGGCCGCGGGCGGUCACCGCGCAGGCCUGAGCUCUCGGGACACACCCAGCCCUGUGGACCCAGACACUGUGGAGGUGCUCAUGACCUUUGAACCUGAUCCAGCUGAUCUAGCCCUGUCCAGCAUUCCUGGCCACGAGACCUUUGACCCUCGUAGACAUCGCUUCUCAGAGGAGGAACUUAAGCCCCAGCCCAUCAUGAAGAAGGCACGGAAGAUCCAGGUGCCAGAGGAGCAGAAGGAUGAGAAGUAUUGGAGCCGGCGGUACAAGAACAACGAGGCGGCCAAGCGGUCCCGCGACGCCCGGCGACUCAAGGAGAACCAGAUCUCGGUGCGAGCAGCCUUCCUGGAGAAGGAGAAUGCCCUUUUGCGGCAGGAGGUGGUGGCCGUGCGCCAGGAGCUGUCCCACUACCGCGCAGUGCUGUCCCGCUACCAGGCCCAGCACGGGGCCCUGUGAGGCCGCUACCCCCAACCGGGCGGCACUCUCCUUCACCUUGCUCAGACUUGCUCCCUGACACCCUCCACUCUCCCCGCCCUGUGGCCCUAGGGCCGGUCAGCUGGGUGCCCCAGGGACGUGACAAUGCAGAUAAAUACAUUUAUAUUUUUAAGAAAAAGCAAGCCUUCCCCCUCCCUUGUGGGAGUGGGGAGGGGGCUGUGUGUGUGUGCCCCCAGCCUGCUGGGGAACCCAGCCUCCCACCGACUCCGUUAACACGAUCCUGAAUAAAUCUUGAGAACCCUAGA